UCCUUCUCUCUCUUUCUCUGCUGCGAUAUAUAGACGUUGCAAAUCACCCGUAUUUCGGUCAAAUUUAACCAACGGAACACUCCGAAAACCCACCCGAAAAUCUCAACUUCGUAACGGAGCGACGCAGCUGCGCAAACACUCGCAGCAAGCGCGGAACCCACCCCCCCGAUGCCGAUGGCUGUAGUAGCAGGUCCCGCUUCGCCGGCGGCGGCGGCGGAGGACAGGGCCCCGCCGGUUCCAAUGCUGCCGCCGCCGCAGCAGCAGCAGCCGGCGAUGCUGGCGGCGGACGCGCUCGCGCGGGACUCGGUCGUCGCGUGGUUCCGGGGCGAGUUCGCGGCGGCCAACGCGAUCAUCGACGCGCUCUGCGGCCACCUGGCGCGGCUCGGCGGCGGGGGGCCGGGGUACGAGGCGGUGUUCGCGGCGGUGCACCGGCGUAGGAUGAACUGGAUCCCCGUGCUCCAGAUGCAGAAGUACCACUCGAUCGCCGACGUGGCGGUGGAGCUGGACCGCGUCGCGUCGAGGAAGGAGGCGGGGGGCGGCGGCGGCGGCGGGGAGGAGGAGCCGGAGGAGGAGGAGGAGGCGAAGGAGGGAGACGAGGCGUGCGCGGACGGCGAGAAGCAGGGAGAGCUCGUCGCCGGCGCGAAGGCGAUGGAGGAUAAUUGCGACGGGAGCGCCAACGGCGAGGUCAUCGACGGGGACGACGAGGAGCAGGAGGAGGAGGAGGACGAUUCGCCGGACAGCGACAUUACUGAUUCAGGAUCCCAUGAGAUGCAGCCUGCACUGGAGAACCUCGACAUAUGCUCGAACCAUGAACUCUGCGAGGCACGAGCAGCUCAAAUCAAGCUGACAAAAGGUUUUACUGCCAAGGAGCCAGUGAAAGGGCAUAUGGUCAAUGUUGUGAAAGGGUUGAAGCUAUAUGAGAACGUUUUCACCGAUUCAGAGCUCUCUAAGCUGACAGAUUUUGUCAAUGACCUCCGUGCAGCUGGUCAGAAUGGAGAACUCUCAGGUGAAACCUAUAUUCUAUUUAACAAGCAGAUGAAAGGAAACAAACGAGAGUUAAUCCAAUUUGGGGUCCCUAUUUUUGGACACAUACAAGAGGAAGCAACAUGCAACAGCAAAGCAGGUAACAUAGAGCCGAUUCCAGCACUUCUGGAACGUGUCAUAGAUCAUCUGGUUGAAUGGCAGCUAAUACCUGUUUACAAAAAGCCAAACAGUUGCAUCAUUAAUUUCUUCGACGAGGAAGAGUAUUCUCAGCCCUUCCUAAAGCCUCCUCAUUUGGACCAGCCCAUAUCAUCUCUUCUCCUCUCUGAAUCAACCAUGGUUUUUGGCCGGUUUCUUGUUAGCGACAAUGAAGGCAACUAUAAAGGACCACUCAUGCUUCCAUUGAAAGAAGGGUCUCUUUUGGUGAUGAGGGGUAACAGUGCAGACAUGGCAAGACAUGUGACAUGCCCUUCUCCAAACAAGAGGGUCACCAUCACAUUCUUCCGGGUCCGACCAGACAGCAACCAAGGCCAACCAUCGAGUCCUCUUUCUGGCUCCAUGACUCUAUGGCAAGCAACCAACCCAAGCCCUUUCGCCAUGCCAAGCGGAGGUCUCGGUGCUUACGAGGCAGUCGAUAUGAUGCCUAAAUGGGGAGUCCUCCGAGCACCAGUGGUAAUGCUAGCCCCGGUAAGCCCCAUGGUUUUGAGCCCUAAAAAGAUGCAAAACGGCGGCACCGGCGUUUUCUUGCCGUGGGCAUUAGGAGCACGGAAACCCACCAAGCAUCUUCCGCCGCGCGCACAGAAGGGACGGCACCACGUAGCAGAGUCCUCUUCUAGAGCCAGCAUUGGCUGUGAAGGGAAUUUGGUUUCCACCUAAUAGCUUCACGCCUGCUCUCAGGAGUCUCCCCUUCGAUGUAUAAACUCGAGGCCUAGGUACUGCUAGAAGAGCAUUCUCUUUCUCUUGUCCAGUUCCAUCUUUCUUCCCUCUGCGAUCACUGCGAUGAUCAGACGAGGCUCUAGUUAUCAGUCCCGUGUAUUUUCCUUCUUCUCCCGGAUGCAACGAAAUGUAGAGGCUUGGCGGUAGUUCCGGUUUUGGAGUUUCGAGCGUUGAAUGAGCUUUUGUGGUAGGAAUUUUCUAACUUAAAAAUGGUUUUUGGUUUCAUCCCUUUCCCUUGUUCAUUAUUGCUGGUCGAAUAUGAAGUUUUUUGAGUGCAAAA